GCGUUGCCAGGUGCCGCGAAAGUGGGGACGAAGAGAGGAGCAAAGAAAAGGCAACAAAAGCGAAAUGAAAUGAGGGAACUACAAUAAAUACUUAGUAGUAUUAUUAACCGAAAAGCGCGGCGCGCUCACAAUGUUUCUGACUGCGAACGGCGGCGGUUGUCUAUUUACCGAGUGAGCGCAGCGGUUGUUUACAUUCCGAUAGCCGAGAGACCACAACAAAUAGUCGCGAAUAACAAAUAACAAUAACAAUGAAACAUGCAAAUAAAAUGCACGUAAGGCGCGGCGCAAAUGAAUGAUUUAAAUUUAAAUUUAACACACACGAUACGAUGACCAUUUAAAAGAAGCAGCGGGACACAAAAAGAACCCAAGAAGCGCAAAAGAAAGGCGAAGAAAGUCAAAAAUCAGGCCAAACCGAUUUGUUUUUUUUUUUGUUUGUGUUCUGUUUGUUUUUGUUUUUGUUGUGGUGUGGCUUCUUUUCGUUUAAUUUAUUUUUUUGCGCAAGAACAACAAAUGAAAGCACACAGCACUUGAAAUGGAAUUUCUGGAGAACCUGUACAAAACGCUGCAGAGCCUGCUGUCCUCCUACAUCGAUCUGGAUUACUCGCUAUGGCUGUACCGCUUCCUCACCCCCCUGAUUGUCACCUUUCUGCUGCCCCUCGUCUUCGUGGCCCUCAUCUAUAUUUCCUUUCUGGUGCUUUUUAUCUACAAGUUGCACAGGCAGGUGAUAAUGCGGGCGGUGCAGGACGACCGCAACUUCUGGCGGGUCGGUCGGAAGAUCGUGGCGGCCAUCUGGGAUGCCCAUGCCCGGAUUUACCACGGCUACGAGGUGAUCGGCCUGGAGAACGUGCCGCAGGAGGGUCCGGCGCUGAUUGUCUACUACCACGGAGCCAUACCCAUCGACAUGUACUACCUCAACUCGAGGAUGUUGUUGCAGCGCGAGCGCUUGAUAUACACGAUUGGGGAUCGCUUCCUAUUCAAACUGCCCGGCUGGGGCACCAUUUCUGAGGCAUUUCACGUCAGUCCCGGCACUGUGCAAUCCUGCGUGAGCAUCCUACGAGAUGGCAAUCUACUGGCCAUUUCACCGGGCGGCGUCUAUGAGGCGCAAUUCGGGGAUCAUUACUAUGAGCUGCUGUGGCGGAAUCGCGUGGGAUUUGCCAAGGUGGCCAUCGAGGCCAAGGCACCGAUCAUUCCGUGCUUCACGCAGAAUCUGCGAGAGGGCUUCCGCCAGGUGGGCAUCUUCCGGACGUUCUUCAUGCGGCUGUACAACAAGGUGCGCAUUCCUGUCUAUCCCAUCUACGGGGGAUUCCCCGUCAAGUUUCGCACCUACUUGGGCAAACCCAUUCCCUACGAUGAGAGCCUAACGCCGCAGGAUCUGCAGAUAAAGGUGGCCACCGCCAUCGAGGAUCUGAUCAAUCAGCACCAGCGUUUGCCCGGCAGCAUUUUGCUGGCCCUCCUAGAUCGCCUGCCUUCCUUCAGGAGACGCCUUAAGAAGAAGGACGAGUGAUCCUUAUCGAGAUCCUCCACACACGUCAAUCCCAUUUCCGUUUAGAGUAUAGAGAGAUUAACAGAUUGACUUUGGUUCUGGCCAUAUAAAGACUUUGUUCCAUGUACUUUUCCAUGUACUUCAUGAUGUAUAGGCAGCGCCAUAUAUAUAUCUCUGUAGAUCAUACUUACACUUAUGUAUAUUUAAAAAAUAAUCUUUGUAAAUGUCUCCCAGCCCCCCGAAUGGGCUUUCCUUUUUACACACUUUUUGUUGUUUGUUAGUCACAACUUCUCAAGUUCAUUGAAAUCCGGACACGUACUCGCUUAAGUUAAACACACACGUAGAUCGUAUAAACUUUUUAAUUAGCCCUAAAGUAAGACUAACUUGAGUCAAACACCGAACAAAGAGAACCUCUACCUUAAUUUUUUUAUAUCGCUUUGUCCAAGAGAAAUACCUUAACCCAUUUUUGAUAUCGUUUUCUUUCUUUUUAGUGUAUUUUUAGACACAUUAAACAAUUAUAUAAUUAGUUUUGCAUUAAGUAUAACGUGCAUAUAUCAUUUUUGUACCUUUUUUAUGAAGAAACAAAACAAAAAACAAAGAAAAGAUGAAAUAUAUCUGCCUGUGAGUGUGUGCAAGUCUGUGUGUGCGAUUGUGUGUACUAUAUAGUUAAGGAAAUCGUUUGUAAUGUAGCUAUACAAUCUGAGUAUUCCAAGUGACAGGAAUUUUCAAAA